AUGUUGUACAAGAUGGACCACCCGUACCUGAACGUCACCGACCCGGUCUUCACGCGCCGGCUACACCACGUCACGUACGGCGUCAUCGCGCCACUGCUCGUGACCGCCGGCAUCGUCGGUAACGUCGUCUGCCUGCCGUGCCUGGCGGCGCCGCGCCGCUGGGGCGUCACGCGCUUCUUCCUGGUGGUGCUCUCUUCGGUCGACACGGCCAUCAUGCUGUGCCUGAUCCCGACGCUGUGGCUGCUGGCCGUCACCACCUGCGCGUCGAUCGGCACCGUGGUGGCGCUCACCGUCGACCGCUUCGUCUCCGUCUGCCGGCAAAUGGAGUUCAAGCUCGUGCACCGGCGCGAGGUGGCGCUCCGCCGCGUCGUCGUCGUCUUCUGCGCCAGCUCGGCCGCCUGGAACGGCUACGUCAUCUUCGGCGAGUGCUUGACACGCCUGCUGCCGAUGACGGCGCUGGUCGCGCUCAACUGGCGGAUCGCGGCGGGCUUCCAGCAGAUGGUGACGCGUGCGGCGGCACUCUCGCCGCCGCCGCAUGCGCAGCGCGAGGCCAGCGUGGCCAGCAUUCUGGUGGUGGGCCUCAUCCCCGGCACCGUCACCACGCUCUACCUGCUGUACGUCACCAGUCCCAGCAAGGCGCUCGACGUGGCGAUCGCGGCGGCCAACCUGCUCGAGAUCGCCAACUUCAGCUCCAACUAUCUCUUCUAUCUACUCUUUAACAAGCGGCUUCGGAAGUCGCUCGCGGAGUUUUACCGGAACUUGUUCCGGCGCAAAGAUAGGCCAAUAUCGAUUGACAAUGCGUGA